GGUCUCUCUCCGUUCUGCACCAACAUCAUGUCUGCAUCAUUAGCGCCAGAGUGCAACGAGGUCAAAGAAAAAUAUGACAACUGCUUCCUCAAAUGGUAUAGCGAGAAGUUUUUGAGGGGUACGUCGACAACAGAUGAAUGCAAGCCUAUGUUCGAUCAGUACGAGAAGUGUCUUUCAAAAGCACUCUCCGAGCGAGGUAUCGACAAAAUGCUGAAGGAAGUCCGGGAUGACAACAGGGACAAUGAUGCCGAACAUAUGAAGCCGGUCAGUCCGACGUAAAUGGUCACCAGGACCAUUGCUAACGAGAGCUGUAGAAACGGUAGACUAUAUCGCUUCUAAGUGCAGGCUCAUAGCUGUACAACACUACGCAUCCGAAGAUAACGACGUGAGUUCUGAAACCAGUCACGCAUGUACGAUACGAUACCCAUGUAUAUUCCAUCUAGCUCUUCAAAUAUAUUGUAUUUCGAACCCCACUGUAGUCAGACCGUUCUUGGUUUUCAUUGACCGUUCUAUGGCAUCGUUUCAUUC